AGCGCUGCGGAGCGGGCUCCGGCCGCCCCCCGCUGGGGCAGCCGGCGCGGCGGUUUUGGAGGCUUGCUUGCUGGUCGCUGCGUGCUGACACCAUGGCGCUGAGGCUCCCAGGAACGGGGUCGCUCUCUCUUGUUAGCCUUGGAGUCCUAGUCCUGGUUUUGGCUCUCCCUGCUGAUGCUGGGCUUUCUCAGAAGCAUGUUUCAGAUGUCGUCGAUGACAGCAAAGAUAACAUCACCAUUUUCACCCGCAUCCUGGACAGGCUGUUGGAUGGAUACGACAAUCGCCUGAGACCUGGACUUGGAGACAGCGUAACUGAAGUCAAGACAGACAUUUACGUGACGAGUUUCGGCCCUGUCUCGGACACAGAUAUGGAAUACACUAUUGAUGUCUUUUUCCGGCAAUCCUGGAGAGAUGAAAGGCUGAAGUUUGAUGGUCCCAUGAAAAUACUUCCCCUGAACAACCUGCUGGCCAGUAAAAUCUGGACUCCUGAUACCUUCUUCCACAAUGGGAAGAAAUCUGUUGCCCACAACAUGACAACACCCAACAAGCUGCUGCGCCUGGUGGACAAUGGCACCCUCCUGUACACCAUGAGGCUAACGAUUCACGCAGAGUGCCCCAUGCACCUGGAGGACUUCCCAAUGGAUGUGCAUGCUUGUCCGCUGAAAUUUGGGAGCUAUGCCUACACAAAGACGGAGGUGAUCUACACCUGGACACUGGGGAAGGAUAAAUCAGUGGAAGUAGCAAAGGGUGGAUCUCGCCUGAACCAGUAUGACCUGCUGGGCCAUGUUGUUGGGACAGAGAUGGUUCGAUCCAGCACAGGGGAGUAUGUCGUCAUGACCACACACUUCCACCUCAAGAGGAAGAUUGGGUACUUUGUGAUCCAGACCUACCUACCCUGCAUUAUGACGGUCAUCCUGUCCCAGGUCUCCUUCUGGCUUAACAGGGAGUCCGUUCCUGCCCGAACGGUUUUUGGUGUCACCACCGUCCUCACCAUGACCACACUAAGUAUCAGCGCAAGAAACUCAUUACCUAAAGUGGCGUACGCGACGGCCAUGGACUGGUUCAUAGCCGUCUGUUACGCCUUUGUGUUUUCUGCGCUGAUCGAAUUUGCCACCGUCAACUACUUCACCAAGCGCAGCUGGGCUUGGGAUGGCAAGAAGGUGCUGGAGGCCCAAGAGAUGAAGAAAAAAGAGCCAGUAGCACUAGCGAAGAAAACCAACAACACCUACAACAUUGUUGGCACCACAUAUGCCCUCAACAUUGCCAAGGACCCUGGCCUGCCCACCAUCUCCAAGAGUGCUGCUGCCACUGCUACUGCCACCAACAUACCCCCCAAGAUUCCCCGCAUAGAGGAGAAGCUCCCAGAGAGUAAGAAGACAUACAACAGCGUCAGCAAGGUAGACAAGAUGUCCCGCAUCGUCUUUCCAGUCCUCUUUGCCAUUUUCAACUUAGUCUACUGGGCCACGUACGUAAACCGGGAGUCAGCUAUCAAGGGAAUGAUCCCCAAACAAUAAAACCGGUCACACAAACCUUCCAUCAGUGAGCACCAUCCAGGCAGGAAUUCUCCAGGGCUUUCUUCUUUCCUGUUUUGUUUAAUUAUUAUUGUUCAUUUGAUAUUAUUAUUACUAUUAGAUCGUUCUUUUAUAAUGUAAACAAAACUGUGAUUUUAAUUUAAUCCCAUAUACUUUAGUUUCGUUUUACUUUGAUGACGAAAGGGGAAAAAAAAAAAGGAUGAUAACAAGUUGUGCCUCUAACAUCAUGAGUCUGAUGUCCCCCAUCUGUCCAAGUCACCCUGUGCUUCCAUCUCUCCUCCUCCACCUCCUGCUGUUCCCAUGGUCUGCAUGCCACUGCCAUUCCAUGCUCCACUCUGCUGGGGGCUGCUGCUGCGGUCUGACCCGCUCCUCGUCUUCUGCGAUGGACUGCCCUAGCAUGGUGGAUGCUCCUGGUGGCCUGGGCUCAAGGAUGUGGAGGCCUCUAGAGUCAGUCAGUCAGCUGGGCUGUUCUUCAGUGCCUAGCGCUUUGCGCUAGGUGGUACUCCCCGGGCUGUGGAUGCAGGUGAGCUGGUCCAUUGAGGGAGCAGUGCGGCAUGGGCCAGCUUGUAGCCCAAUACCUGCUGGGGGUGAACCCAGCACUUCUGUGGUCCAUGGAGCCAUUGCAGGGGUAGAACAGGGUGGCAGCAUCUUGUAGGUAUCUACAGGGCUUCUUCCUCUCUGUCUUCACCCAACCCAGCUGCUGUUUUCCUCUGUGUCUCUCCCCAGACAAGAAUAGGUCAGAAAGGUCUUGUCUGUCUGCCAUCCUGCACUCUUGGGGCAAUUCACAUUAGAGGGUGGGAUGAUUCCUACCAGAGAAAUAAUUUUUCUCAGGGUCAGUCAGGAAGUCAAGACAGGAGCUUUAUAAUGCCUUGGAGGAGAUAGUAGCUGUGAGGCUGCAUGCAUUCAGCAUCAGGACUGGAAGUCACAGAGUUUGUGUUCAGAUGGGUGGUUUAUCACUUUCUUUUGGCCUCAUCCACUUAUCCUUCUUGGCAUCUCCUCUCUGUCCCAGCCCCUUCUUCCAGCUCCCCAUUCAUUUUCCUUUGGCUGCUCAGCAGCCCUCAAUAGUAUCUCACUGCUCACAGGUGGAUUUAGGCAGAGAAGCCCCUACCUCUCAGGUAAGCCACACUGACGGGGAGGAGCACAGCCCGGGGAAGUCCAGCUCAUGGUGCAUCCCUGCUCCGGUGCACCGGAGCAGCAGCAAUGUUGGUUCAGGCCAGCUCAGGUACAGGCUGUUUCCUGUGGGACACACCAGGGACCACUCUGCCACCUGUGGGGGUGAGUCAGGGGACAGUCGGUCCCCAAGUAUCUCCCUGUGCCUGGUGAACAGAUGCAGCUGAGCAUCCUCAGCACCAUGGGAGAACAGCAGAAGGGGGUCUUUGAAACAGCAGGGUGAUACUGCUGUCCCGGAGAGCCACGUGAGCCAGGUGCCAUCCCACAAAGCCAUUGAGAUAAGACCCAAGUCUAACACCUGCACACUCUUCUAAGGAAAGCCCUCCAGUGCCUUGGAGAGAGGCUUUUUCUCCCUUCCUGACCACCACAGUCAAGGACCCAAACCAGUGGUUGUCCUCUUCCCAGCAGCAGCACAAGAUGGUGGCAUCUAGGCCAUCUGUCCCCUGUCCCUGGUGCCCGGACCCAUGGACACACUGUCCUGAUACAAGGAAGGACAUCCUGUGCCUGGUGAGUUCUCUUCCCCAGCCCCUGGGCAGCACUGAUCCUGCCAGCAGCCCUGCUCCCAGGGUGGGAUGCACCCCCUCUUUCCUGGGCCUCCCUCUGACCCUCCAGCUGCCCCUCCUGAGCUGCCCCCAGCACAUUUCAGGUGCAUGCAGCCAGGCCAAGGCCCCAGCACCCCCAAGGUGAUGUCUUCAGCAUUGCUUUGAGCUGCUGUGCCGAGCUCAGUUUACCCCUGCCUGUGCAGGAGCAGGGCUGAGCACAAGGCACAGGAUUUGCCCCACCUGGAAUAUCCAUGGGGACGGCAGGACAGAGCGGGGAAGGCCAGGGCACUUUGUCCUGCAGCAUGGGUGGCACUGAUGCGUGUCCUGCCCAUCCCUUACCAAUCUUGCUGGCUCAACAGCAGUGCAGUCGCUCCCCCUGUCUACAGCUGCAGUGAGGAGAGGAGCUCCGAGACAUUUAGCUUAGCCCCCAGUGCAUUCAGUCCACAAGCGCAUCCACACCAGCAGGCAGCAUCGGGCAAGAGGUGGCAACCCCCCCCCUCAAGCCGAUGCUAAGGAAGCCAGCUCUCUCCCCAUCCUCCCCCACAGCAUUCGCACCCCAAACUGCCCAUGACAUUUCUACAGUGCCUUUCAUCCCUGAGGGCUCCCCGCUGGGUGGCGAGGGGUGGAAAGCCUGGGAGCUCUCCCCCUUUGCACUCAGCAUCGGGUUGGAGGAGCAGAGGGAGGGUGCACCGUCCCCAGCUCUUCUGCUGGGCAGGGGGGGACAUCCUGGCUGCUUUUGCACCUGGGGCACUUGGUUCCUCCUGGCACUGGCCUCCUGCUGCAGCCACCCUGCUCCAACAGCCCGGCCGCCCCAGGACUGCCCCACCACAGCCCCAUACCCCUCACCACCAAGGCUCCCUGUGCUCCCUCCACGCCAGCACCAUCCCCUCCAGCAGUGAGUGCCAUUGCUGCCACCCUUCUGCUCCUCUGGCUUUCCGGCGGGAACUGCAAUGCUAACCAACCGUGAGGCUGUUUGUUUUGGAAACUACUUGGGUGUCAUUUUCUUAAAGAAGCUAGAUGAAGUGUAUCUCAUAAAACAUUCAUGUCACUAUAAUACUCAGGCCUAAGUGAAUGGAAUUGAAAUCCUAUAAAAAGCAAAACAAACACAAUAAAAUGGUAACAAAGAGUAUAUUGUGUUUACUAAUGGAAUUACAUCAAAGGCAAGUUUAAAU